UCAAGUAUACUAAUUAUUUGUGUCACGUCGUGAGCAAUAUUUCCAAGUAUUCAUACAGUUCACAAUAUGUUUCAAUAAGAAUUAUAAAAAUUUAACUAUUUCCAUAUUUUAAUUAGUUGUAAUGUUGCAAAUAAUUAAAUCGUCGCUUAUUUACUAUUUUAUUAUUUAUUGUCAUGCUGAUAAAUUAACUGAAGUAACAAAAACUACAAAGGGAUCUGUCCUGGGUAAAAUAUCUAAAACCGUUGAAAAAAAUAUUGAAUAUUCCGUUUAUUUUGGAAUUCCUUUUGCGAAGCCACCGCUUGGUAAUCUUCGAUUCAAGCCUCCAGAAGAAGUUGAUUCGUGGACUGGUGUCUUAAAUGCUACGAAGGAACCAAAUCUUUGUCCGCAAUCGGAUCCAUUACAGAAUUAUACUUAUGCCGGAGAUGAAGACUGUCUAUAUCUUAAUGUUUAUACCCCAAAAAUUAAUUCAACUGACACAAGUAAACGAGCUGUUAUGUUUUGGAUUUAUGCUGGAGGUUUUGCAUUUGGGUCGAUCAGUCCAUCGCUGUACGGGCCGGACUAUUUAAUUGAAGAAAAUGUCAUAGUGGUCAUGGCGAAUCAUCGCUUAGGAGCUUUAGGUUUUUUAUCUCUAAACCACGAAAAUGCGACUGGAAAUGCUGGCCUGAAAGACCAAGUGUCGGCUCUUAAGUGGGUGCAGGAAAAUAUCGAAAAUUUUGGCGGUGAUCCAAACAGAGUCAGCAUUUUUGGUGACAGUUCUGGAUCUGCGUCCGUGGGGUAUCUGAUUCUUUCCGACAUAUCGGCAGGUCUUUUUCAAUCUGGGAUCAGUAUGAGUGGAACUCCUUUGAACACUUGGUCCUUCGAGCCACUAAUAUUUGCGGAAUUGCGCAGUUUCAUACUUGGACUCGCACUAGGAAUUGUUCCUUUCAGUAAAUCAGAUCUUUUAGAAAGCCUUUACACAAAACCCGCUAGAGAUAUCGUCAAGGCAACUGAUAAAUUUCUUACCCUCAAUGUGCUGUCAUACGAGCCUACAAUCGAGGAUCCAAAAAUUGCCACCAUGCCAAUUAUUACAGAAUGUUCAAUAAAAAAAUACAAAGCUGGUAAUUUUACUAAAGUGCCCCAGAUAAUUGGAUUCGUUGAAUCAGAAACGUUAUCGUUCGUAAUAGAAGGGGCAGAUAAAUUUUCCAUAGUCAAUUCAUUUCUUCAAACUCUAUUUGAUUUGCCGAUACUGCGACCAUUUAAGAACAUCGAUUUCCUGACGGGCUUAACAGACUGGAUUUUAGGAAAAUUUAACGUUGUUGUAGACAAUACUCUUUAUGGUGUCGCCAACGUAACGUCAGAUUUGUUGUUAAUUUUCGACAUCGAUCGAACUCAACGAUACUUGGCCGCAAGCGAAGCACCAAUUUAUUAUUACCGCAAUUCCUUUGAUCAUGCAAACUCCAGACAUAAGAAUGACGGAUCUAAUUUAAACGGAACCGCGCAUGCCGAUGAUGUUUUUCAAAUUUUCUGGCCUUCUCUCCCCGAUUUCACACAACCUCGGGGCACCAAAAGUCGACUGGGGAUCCAACGACAGAGGAUGGUUAGGAUGUGGACGAAUUUUGCUAAAUACGGGAACCCAACACCUAACGGAACAAUGGAUCCUCUGCUAAAUAUCACCUGGCCGGUUUCUAAUGCCGACGGCAGAUGUCUUGAGAUAAAUACUAAUUACACCGUAGGUCCACGGCCAGUUGGUUCUUUAGUUGGGGCAUUACAAACGGUAGUGAGCCCACUGCUCGGGUUGUUCACAGGAUGUAGAAUACUAAGUACAAUGAAUAGAGCGCGGUGGGUAGUUGAAAUAAUCAUUUUUAGUUGUGUCCAGUGUUCUGUUUAUGCGGACUAUAUUCCAACGGAACCCGUCAGGACGACCAAAGGAUUUGUUCAGGGCAAGUUAGUGAACACUGUUGGUAAGAAUGUUCGCUACUCAAGUUUUCUGGGAAUCCCUUAUGCCAAACCGCCACUUGGCUAUCUCAGAUUUAAGCCUCCACAAGAAGCCGAUGCAUGGACAGGAAUCUAUCAGGCAACGGAACAUAAAAAUGAUUGUCCGCAAUUGAAUAUCAUCAAUGGGUCUGUUGUCGGAAAUGAAGACUGUCUUUAUUUAAAUGUUUAUACACCGAAAAUCUGGGACACAAAGUUACGGCCGGUAAUGGUUUGGAUUUACGGAGGAGGCUUUGAAAGCGGGUCCAGUAGUCCCGAGUCAUAUGGGCCCGAUUUUUUAAUUGAAGAAGAUGUGGUGGUCGUUGCGAUGAAUUACCGGCUUGGAGCAUUAGGAUUUCUGUCUCUGAACCACAGAAAUGCUAGUGGAAAUGCCGGCUUGAAGGACCAAAACUUUGCGCUUCGAUGGGUUAGACAAAAUAUCAAUAAUUUUGGCGGAGAUCCUAAGCGAGUUACGAUUUUUGGACAGAGUGCUGGUUCUGUUUGUACUUUGUACCAAGUACUUUCUGAUUCAUCAGCUGGAUUAUUCCAAUCAGCGAUAGCUAUGAGCGGAUCUCCUUUGAAUCGCUGGGGGUUCAUUCCUCUACCCGAAGCAGUAUCUCGCGGUUUCGCUAUUGGAAGAUACCUCGGAAUAGAUACAACAGACGCGUCGUUCAUGUUGCAAAAAUUUUACACUUUUUCUGCAGAUGAUUUUGUUCUGGCCGUUGCCAACCUCGCAAAUGUUUUCGUGCCCUACAUGACCCCGACAAUAGAAGAUCCCGAAAUAGCAGAGUCUCCAUUUCUUACUAAAUGUUCGGUAGAUAAAUUCAAUACCGGGAAUUUUAGCCAGGUACCGAUUAUGAUGGGACUGACGCACACAGAAACUUUGUCAUACAUCGGAUUCAGUAAAACUUCCCGGGACGGAAUCAUUGACGGCUGUCUCGAAUGCAUGAGAGAAUAUCCCGAUUUUCGAAAUACGGAACAGGUUCAAUUUUUAUAUAACGCUAAGGCUCGCAGUGAAAACAAUGACCCGUUUACUGAUGACGACAUUUACAAAAUAUCCAACGUAACGUCCGACAUAUUAUUCAAUGACGGGAUUGACCGGACCCAGCAAUUUCUGGCGGCAAGUUCGGCGCCAGUUUACUACUAUCGCAAUUCAUUUGAUUACCCGGCAGCCAUUCAUCGAGUCCUGGGUAUCAACCUAGAUGGCGCUGGACACGGCGACGACAUUCUGCAAAUAUUUUGGGCGCCACAUCAAUACCAAUCGCUUGAUCCGAACAGUGACAUCGGAAUCCAGCGAAGGAAAAUGGUUAGGAUGUGGAGCAACUUUGCUAAGUACGGUAAUCCGACACCCAAAGGAACGUCGGAUCGGCUUUUGAAUAUAAACUGGCCAGCAUCUGGAUCCAAGGGCACGUGUUUGGAGAUCGAUAGCAGACUUACCGUUGGAUCCCGACCAACUGAUGAUUUUGUAAAAUAUAUCCAAGGUCUAAAAGAGCCAUCGCUUAGAAAUGAAAACGGAUGUCGGUGACGAUUUUUCAUUGAUGUCAAAAUAAAAAAAUAACUACCGCUACAAAUAAAAUUUAACUCUCGCACUUA